GCUCAGGCGCAUCCGGCCCGGCCUCUCCUCUCUGCUGGUGCCGGGGGCUCACGCACGGAGGCGGUGGCUGCAGCUGCUCCUGGCCCCGCAGAAACCCGCCGCCGCCUGCCCCACUUGCCGGCGGUGUCCGCCCGAGGGGCUGCGGCAGGGAGGGGCCGAGCGGCCGGGGCCUGCGUGGCUGAGCGGCGGGGCCGGGCGGAGAGAUGAACACGGUGUUGUCCCGGGCCAACUCGCUCUUCGCCUUCUCCCUGAGCGUCAUGGCGGCGCUGACCUUCGGCUGCUUCAUCACCACCGCCUUCAAGGAGCGCAGCGUGCCCGUCCGCAUCGCCGUCUCCCGGGUCAUGCUAAAAAAUGUGGAAGACUUCACUGGGCCUAGAGAAAGAAGUGAUCUAGGAUUUGUUACAUUUGAUGUUACUGCAGAUCUGCAAACUAUAUUUGAUUGGAAUGUUAAACAGUUAUUUCUGUAUUUAUCUGCAGAAUAUUCAACAAAAAACAAUGCCCUGAACCAGGUUGUCCUUUGGGACAAGAUCAUUUUGAGAGGAGAUAGUCCAAAGCUGUUACUAAAAGACAUGAAAUCAAAAUACUUUUUCUUUGAUGAUGGAAAUGGUCUCAAGGGAAACAGAAACGUCACUUUGACUCUCUCCUGGAACGUUGUACCAAAUGCUGGCAUUCUACCUCUUGUGGCAGGAUCAGGACAUGUAUCUGUUCCAUUCCCAGAUACUUAUGAAACAGCAAAAAGUUAUUAAAUUAUUAUACUGAAUCCUAAGCAACGUAUUUUUAUACUUGUAUAUUAUGAAUAAAUUUUAUCACUUUCUUCUCCUAUCCCCUGCAGCUCUCCAGUCAAAGGUACUUGAUUUCUUUGGCUCUAACUGAGCAGGAAAAAAAAGCUGAAAUUUAGACUUUUUUUUUUUUUAAUUUUAAAUAAAACACUGAUGCUGAAACUUACGGGAAAGGUAAACGGAUGGUUUAAAAUUUUUGUAAAACUAACUUUUUUUGUUGGCCAUGUGGGUAGAAAAAUAUGUUUCUUAUAAAUAAACAUUUAAACCCAGAA